AUGCCCCGUACUUCAAAGGACUACGACAUGGACCCCAAGGCCGAGCACGCGGAGAGCCAGUUGGCCGCUGACGCUGAGCGUCGGGCCCGUUUGACGAGGUCCUUGCUUUUCAAGGUCGACACGAGGGUCCUACCGCUACUAGCCCUGCUCUUUUUAUGCUCCUUUCUCGAUCGAACCAACGUCGGUAACGCGAAAAUCAUUGGCAUGGAGGAGGAUCUUGGCAUCAACAAUAACCAAUACAAUCAAGGCUUGGCCGUCUUCUACGCCACGUACAUUGCUAGUGAACUGCCAAGCAAUCUUGUCCUGAAAAAGGUCUCGCCGAGGAUCUGGCUCCCGUUCCUUACCAUUGCAUGGGGUAUCGUAACCAUGUGCCUCGGCUUUGUGCGUAAUUACGGCAGCUUCGUCGCCGUCCGUGCGAUCCUUGGUAUGACCGAAGGUGGGCUUCUGCCGGGUAUGGUGCUUUACCUGUCGGGUUUGUAUACUAGAGGCGAGCUGGCGUUGAGGAUUGGCAUUUUUUACACGGCUGCUUCGUUGUCUGGUGCCUUUGGCGGGCUUCUUGCGAGGGGUUUGUCUGCCAUUGGUCCCAAGGGGAAUCUCGAGGGUUGGAGAUGGAUUUUUAUCAUCGAGGGUCUCAUUACUGUUGUAUGUGGAGUCAUUGCUGCUAUCGGUCUCCCGAAUAGCUUGGCGACAGCCAAGAUUUUGACCGAAGAAGAGAGAGAAUGGGCCAUUCAGAGACUCCAGGGCCAUGCUGGGGAUAGGUUCAAUCUUGCUAGCGAACGCGAGGAAAAGUUUCGCUGGUCUGAAGUUGGUCGCGGUGUUCUCAACGUUCAAGUUUGGCUCAGUUCCACGGCGUACUUUGCCAUUCUUUCCGGCUUGUACUCAUUUGGUCUAUUCCUGCCUACCAUCAUCAACGAUCUGCACAUUGCGCCCGACCCUAACCAGGCCCAGCUGUGGUCCGUCAUUCCCUACGCAGUUGCCACUCCCGUUACCGUUCUUGUAGCCUUCUUGUCAGACCGUCUUAGGGUUCGCGGUCCUCUUAUGCUCGCUGUUCUGCCCAUUUCGAUUGUUGGCUACGCCACCAUUGCGAACGUGACUGCGCCUCAAACACGGUUUGCAAUGACCUGUCUGAUGGCCAUCGGCAUGUACAGCGCAGUCCCGUGCGUCCUCAGCUGGAACUCCAACAACUCUGCAGGCCACUACAAGCGAGCAACCACAUCGGCUGUUCAACUGGCAAUUGCAAACUGCGGAGGAUUCGUAGCAACAUUCGUCUAUCCCAACUAUGAGGGCCCCUUCUAUCAUAAGGGGCAUACCAUCAUCUUGGGCCUGCUUUGCUAUGCCUGGGUUGCCACUCUCUUGAACGUCUUGUGGUGCGCCAAGAUCAACCGCGACAAGGCUGCGGGCAAGUACGACGAGUACAGAGGUACUGGCGAUGACAGAGAGCCUGAGUUCAAGAUGGUGCUGUAA